CUACUUUAAUUUGAUUUACAGAUGUAUUGUAAACUAUAAAUAUGUUUACCCAAACGGUAAAGCUAGUAACACAAAAGUUGCCCACCGUUUCUUCUUCAUUAACUUUCAACGUAAGAAAUCUACGAACGUUACCAUGCGCUAAUUCGAAGUUAAAUUUGAACAUUUUUGGACCACCAGCGAAUUUACCAACAGAAAAACACUAUCAUACAUCCACUGCUUUAAACGGAAGAUAUGGACACAGAUUAGUAAAGCUAUGGGAGCAACCUGAAUAUACAACCAAGCCAUUGAAAGUUUAUAGAACCGGUGGACGUUUACCAACUUCAAGAUUUGGAUCAGAUGAAAAGGUACCAGGCAAAAAAUGGACAUCAAAAAUUGGGGGAGGUUUACCAAGGCAGUGGUAUUGGGUGGAUAAUAAUAGACUGACUUUUGAAGAAGUGAAAAAUGAAGUUAUUUUUCAGGAAAGGAUUCUUAAAGUGAUGGAAGACGACAAUAGAUCCGGACACAUUGCACUUGUUGCUGGUCCGUUAAAACAAAGAUGGAUACUUGCCACUGAAACUAUGAAACCUGGACAGCUUAUCACUAACUGUGCAACGGAAUUACCGGGAGGAACUGAGUUUAAAGAUGGGGAUGCUUAUCCUGUGGGACUUAUACCAGUUGGAACAAAGAUUUGCUCAUUAGAAUUCCGUCCAGGAAAGGGUGCCCAGAUCGCAAGAUCUGCAGGUGCUUACUGCACUGUAUCACGCAAAACCAAUACUAACACUGUAGUCCAGAUGCCUUCCAAACGAGAAAUUAUGAUCAGUUCAAGUUGUGUGGCAGUUAUUGGCCGUGUAUCAAAUGUAGGUCAUGAUGAUGUUAAAUGGGGUUCGCCACAAAGGUUAAGGGAGUAUGGGCUCCGUCCUAAGUCAGGUCGCCCCAAUAUAAAACGUGAUGGUCGGUUUGGACGAAAAAUCAAACCACCCAAGCAUACAAUUGUAAUUGGAGACAAAGCAUUGCACCAAAGAACUACAGACUUUAAUGAAUAGGCUCCAAUAAAUUUGUUUGUUUUGUACCACAUCUGUGGGUUAUUUUUUUCAUUCAUUCUAGCAUAUGACUUGGUGGUUAGAUUCCAGGGAGUAACGUUAAAUUAUUUAUGUUGUAUAUGUCUGCACAGUUUCAUAUACACUUUCAACAGAUAAACGAAGUUGAUGACAGGCUAGGCACAUUAGUUAUGCUUUACUUUAAUAUUGUGAUUCAUUUUGGUAUUUUCCAAUAUAUUUAUAAUCUAAAUUG